AUGAUUAAGCAGAUGACUGGGGAAAACGCCCUUCUGAAUUACAAUGGUUACGGAUGCUACUGUGGACUGGGAGGAUCCAAACAGCCACUAGAUGAGACCGACUGGUGCUGUCAUGCUCACGACUGCUGCUACAAGAAGAUGACGGCACAUGGCUGCAAUCCCAAACUGGAAUCCUAUUCUUACUCCAUCCAGUCGGGCAACAUAGCCUGCAGUGGGGAAACUGUCUGCCAGAAACAGACCUGUGAAUGUGACAAGGCUGCGGUGAUGUGUUUCCAAAGGACCGCCCACACCUUCCACAUAAAAUAUCUCUAUUACCCAAACAUCCUCUGCAAGGGACCCUCUCCCGCGUGCUAGGCCCACAGCUGCCCUAGUCUCCGUGCUCUGCAGUGCCAGCCCCAUCUCUUUCCUGCGCUAGGUGCUGUUCCUUUUUCGGCAAGAUCUUCCAAGUUCUAGCAGCUUUCCUCAGCAGGGUUCUGAGCCUUUCCAUUGACUUCAAUGGAUUUUGGACCAGGCCCUGUGAGUACAAGCAAUACCUGCCCCUACUAGUAAAAAGAAAAGACAGCUUCUAAAAUGCAACCAAUGUUUUCAGCUUCUAAGAAUCAGCGUGAAA